AUGGCUGGAGGAAAAGUGGAUUACGUCUUUAAAGUUGUUUUGAUCGGUGAUUCGGCGGUUGGGAAAUCCCAGCUACUCGCUGAGACGAAUUCAGUAUGGAUUCGAAAGCCAGACUCAAGAUCUGGGAUACCGCAGCUGCUAUUGCUUUUGAGGAGUGAUAUUCUUUCUUCUUUUGCUCUGAGCAGAUACAGAGCUGUUACAAACGCGUACUACAGAGGUGCUGUUGGUGCAAUGUUGGUUUACGACUUGACAAACCGCGAAUCCUUUGACCACAUUCCUCGGUGGUUAGAAGAAUUACGAGCACUCGCCGAUAAGAACAUUGUCAUCAUCCUCAUCGGUAACAAGAUCAGAGAUCGGUUCCCAUGGAAGACACCAAGAGCACCAUGUGUUGUAACUCGUAAGUCCUCUUGA